UGUUUCAUCAGAACAAAUCCUCUAAUCCUACGGCUUCCCGUGAUUUCCAAGUUACCGCCAUCUUCUUCCUCUCUGUCUCUCUCUACCCCCUCAUUUUGUACUGCUUUCAACUUUCCCGCCAUUGCAUUAUUCUGCAACUGCUUCAGUUUCUGUCCUCUUUCAACUCGGCUCUACGAAUCGCAGGUUCGCAAGUAAUGGAAGCAUGGAAACGGAGAAAACUUUAGCUAUGGUAAAACCAGAUGGGUUGCAUGGUAACUACACUGAUAGAAUUAAACUGGCCAUUUUGAAGUCAGGCUUCAGAAUUUUGAAGGAAAUAAUAAUGGAAUUGCAUGAAGAUAGAGCAAGUCGCUUUUGUGCUGAACAUUUGUCAAGAAGCUUCCUUUCUAGUCUGGUCAAAUACAUGACAAGCAAUCACAUGAACAGCUGUUGCACUCGAAACAACAAUUUGAAAAUGCUGAUAUUGAGAUUACGAAUUCAUGUAACGACUAUUUAUCUUACUUUCUUUUCAAGUAAUUUCAGUCAAAACAUUAGCAACAUAGUGAAGUUUAUGAUACGUAUCUCAAGCUUAAGAGAUGUUCGUUAGUGUGCUUUUCCACCUCAAGCCAUACCUAAUAGUUUAACUUAGUUGAAAUGAUCUUUGAAUAGCAGAGGACAUUAAAAAUAAUCUGGUGGAUUUUUAAUCUGAUUUUUUAUGUAAAGGUUUUAAACUAACAUGGAAUCUCUCUAGAAUCGUGCAAUCCUGUAUUUCAGUUGAGUGUCCUUCCUAUGUCUAACACUAAUCGUGCGAUCCUGCAUUAUGGUUUUGGAGAAACAAAAAUCCAAUCGCAGAUUGCGUGCUAUGAUUGGGCCAACAGAUGCAUCUAAAGCUAAGGCUACACAUCCCAACAGCAUUACAGCAAUGUGUGGAUUGGAUCAGAGAAAAAUUUGUGUUCAUGGUUCAGAUUCUCUUCAAUCAGAAAAAAGAGAGAUAUCAUUUUUCUUUGAUGAGGAAAUUGUGGUGUAUGUGCAUUUGGAGGUGUAUAAGAGGAAGAAUCCAGCAACAUCUUUCAGGAGGAGAAGGAGAAGGAGAGUUUAGAGUGAGAACUGAGAGGCCACUGUUUGGGAACUUGAACCAUUAUAACUUGCUGUGAUUGAGAAAGCUUCAGCAUCAAAUUUGUCAAAACUCUUCACUUGUUUUGAUCAUCCCAAUACUCGUCAUUGGCUUUUAAAGAUCUGGUUCUGAACUUCUCUGUUUUGUACAUAACACCUCAUAAUCUUCUUCACCACUCUCCAAUUUUUCUAAACAGCUUCAAAUUGUAUCGUUAGUUGAAGAUGAAGUUCUUCAGCUGGAUGCAAACUAAACUAAAUGGCAGACACGAGACGAAAAUCCCAAAUACAUUCUCUACUUCUCAGCUUAAAAAACAAGAGUCUCGUGAAGAGUUCAGCGAUUGGCCUCAUGGGUUGCUUGCAAUUGGAACUUUUGGGAACAAUGAGAUCAAAGAUGAUUCUGAGAGAAGACAAGACAUACAGGAGGAUCCAUCUUCUUCAGAAGAAAUAAUAGAUUUCUCUCCUGAAGAAGUUGGUAAAUUACAGAAGGAGUUGACAAAGCUUUUAUCUCGCAAACCGAAUCCCGAAAAGCAGGUUGCAGAUCUUCCAUUGGAUAGAUUUCUCAACUGCCCUUCAAGCUUGGAGGUCGACAGGAGAAUCAGCAAUCCCCUCAGCUGUGAUUCUGAUGAUAAAGAUGAAGAUAUUGAAAGGACCAUUAGUCUUAUAAUUGGCAAAUGUAAGGACAUUUGCGCCGAUAGUAAAAAGAAAGCGAUCGGGAAGAAAUCCGUGUCGUUUCUCCUCAAAAAGUUGUUUGUUUGUAGAAAUGGCUUCACUCCUAUACCACCACCAAGUUUGAGAGAGACUCUACAAGAGUCAAGAAUGGAAAAGCUCUUAAGAACAAUUCUCCAAAAGAAGAUCGCCCCACAAAACGCUUCUCGAUCGUCAUCGUCGUUGAAGAGGUACAUAGAGGAAAAACAGUCACCAAAAAACAGAAAUGAAGCAGAAGAAGAAGAGCAGAAAAAUGCUAAAGAUGGAUCCAAAUGGGUCAAAACUGAUUCCGAGUAUAUUGUUCUUGAGAUAUAAUUCCAUCUCCUUUUCUAACCAAUUACCCAUCCAACUGAUUUGAACAAGAUAUUCAAACUCCACCCUUUGAUUUGAUGAUAUGGAUCCAACAGUUGAGAUGUUGUUCAUCACAGCAAAAAUAUAGAUCUGAUCGACGGUGCUGAUUACUCCUUUUUUUUCAUGGUUGUUUGUUACCAAAACAGUGCAACUCAUGUUAUGAUACAUCGUCAAAAGAGAUUCUAUGAUGACAGAGCUUUACAUUUUUCACUUUAUUUUACCAUAUAAUUCUUCUCCUUCUUUAAUGUUGGGGUCUCUCUUUGUAACAUAUUCGAGGCGAAUAACAUUUUGUAUUGUUAUAAAGUUACCAAGACAUUGUUGU